GGAUUGGAUAGGAAAGUUUUAUUAGAGUCAUUCAUUUUUUAAAUAGUUUUUGUUUGUUUUAAGAAGCUAUUAAAUUCGAUUAUGGGUAAACUUAAAAGGGCGUACUUCCUAAUUGCAAUCAUCGUCAAUGGGUUAUUAGGAAUCGGCAUUAUUGUAAUCGGUUCGAGGAAAAUGAACGAUGCCCUCCUCGUCAAGGCUUUUCUCGUUGAUCAAGUCCUUGUCGUAAAGGGAUUUAUCAGCGUGGGGAUUGUUCUAUUCGUAAUAUCCAUUGUCGGCAUCGUGGGGGUGAUAUCGAAGAGUGACCCCUUGUUCAAAAUAUACGCGUGUUUUAUGUUGGUUCUGGCAUUGACUCAAAUCGCAAUCGGUUCUAUUAUGAUUAUUCGGGUUAAAGACUUCCGCCACACUCUCAACAAGGCACUCGAGGAAAAUUUCCGAACGUACGACGAGCACAAAAUCGAAAUGGACCAAUUCCAGUUGGCCCUAUUAUGCUGCGGCAUAUGGGGCGCGAAAAAAUGGGACAUAGCGGAACUACCAUCAUCGUGUUGCGGCCGGGAAACAGGUACUUGCUCGGUAUCAUCGGCCUACAGUUCCUCUUGUUCCGAUAAAGCGGGAAGUCUAAUCGAAAACGGUCUCUAUUUGAUGAGCAUCUUUUCCUUCGUUCUCGUUCUGUUGGAUAUACAAUGUGUCUUUUUAUCCUGUUGCUUAAGCAAAUUCUACGUUCGGAAGAUAGUCGACAAAUUUCCAAGGGAUUCGUCACCCGAAGAAAAAAAGAGUCAUUCCUCCAAGCUCCUUUCUCCGCGAAAAGAAUGAAUACAAUUGUAUACAAGAAAGAAAGAACAUAACAGCAGUGAGAUUCUUGAAUACAAAUU